GUGACGUCAGCCAUCCACUCCGCACUGAGGAAACCCAACAAACUUUAUUUCCGUCCAGGAAACUACCAGACUUAUUUUCUCUUCUUUCUUUCUUUUUCUUUUUUUUUUUUAUCCUUUGGCAUUCGAAGGAUCUUCGAUUAUGGAUAAAUUAAAAUCUGUACUUAGCGGGGAAGAGUCUCGACGAGAGGACCGCACCAUUUUACAGACUGUGGAUGAAGCCUCCACUUUAGGCUGGGGGACCCGCAUAAAGGGAUUCAUCGCCUGUUUUGUUGUGGGAGCCUCCUGCACAGUUUUGGGAGUAUGCAUGCUGUUUCUGCCCAAAGUUGGUCUCACUCUCUUCAUCGUCUUCUACACAUUUGGAAAUAUUUGUGCCCUUUGCAGCACAAUGUUUCUGAUGGGCCCAAUGAAGCAGCUGAAGAGGAUGUGUGACAAAACCAGAGCACUGGCCACAACUAUCAUGCUUACUUGCCUUGUUUUAACUCUGUGCGCUGCUUUCUGGUGGAAGAACUUUGGACUUGCUUUAUUAUUUUGCAUUUUGCAGAUCUUGUCCUUUUCCUGGUACAGUCUCUCAUACAUCCCCUGUGUCAGGGAGGCAAUCAUGAAAGCUGUUUCUAUCUGCAUGAAGUGACCCCCAAACCCCUGCUGUUUGGAGCAAAACCUGUUGGAUAAAUGUAGGAUAUUAAAGACCGGGAUGGAUGAAGCUGCUCAAAACUUCCUGUUCCAGUGGCAAAAAAAAAAAAAAUCAAAUUUUACCUCAACAGAUUCCCAUUUCUUGCCUUAUGAAUCCAGUUGAUUUUUAUUUUUUUCCCUCGAGUCUGAUGAUCAUCUUGAUUUAAAUCUUUAUAAUGGUGGCCUUUUA